UGCAACUAUGUUCGUCGAGGUACUUCUCGUAUAUACCGUGGUCAUCAUCGCAUUGACUCUGGCUCUGUACCAGAAGACCACGAAUGCAAUAUGCACGUCAAGAAGAAGACUGGACGGCAAAACGGUAAUAGUGACUGGAGGAACAGCUGGAAUGGGCCUACACAUAGCUACAGACCUGGCCCAUAGAGGAGCUAGAGUGAUAGUCGCCUGUCCCUUCGAAGAUGAAGGUACUAACGCUAGGAAACAGAUAGUGAAAGAGACUGGCAACGAAAACGUGGUAUACAAACACCUCGAUUUGGGAUCUUUACAAUCUGUGAGACAAUUUGCGGCAGACAUCUUGAAGAAUGAAGACAGACUGGACAUUCUACUGAACAAUGCUGGAGUUGGUAUUCCUGGAGACUUCCUGACUUCGGAUGGAUUGAACUUUAUAAUGCAAGUAAACUACUACGGAACAUUCCUAUUGACAUUACUGCUCAUCCCUCUUUUAAAGAAAACUGGGCAACUCGGUGAAGCGAGCAGAAUCAUAACAACAGGGUCAGUGCUACAUCGUAUUGCAAAAAUGGAACUUGAAAAUUUAAAUAAAACGAAUUAUUGGAAUAUAAUUAGAAUAUAUGGUAAUAGUAAGCUAUGUAUCAUCUUAUUCGCUAAUGAACUAUCCAAACGAUUAGAAUGUUCUAACAUCGUGGUUAACAGUGUUGAUCCAGGGUACGUUGGCACUAGGAUAUUUUAUUCUGUAAACAAAAUUGCCGGAUUCAUUUUAACAUCGAUAUCGAUAUUAUUCUUCAAAACGCCAUGGGAAGGUGCACAGACUGCUUUACAUGCUAUUUUGGAUGAGAAAGCUGGGGAAGUGAGCGGAGCGUACUUUAUGAACUGUAGAAAAAUUACACCUUCAAGACAAGCAUGUUGUGAUAAAACUGCUAAAGCUCUUUGGAACGAAUCGGUGAGGUUAGUGAAAUUAACUGAGGAUGAACUAGAAAAGUGUUUUAUUAAGUAA